AUGGCUUCAAAAGCAUUCAGAAUUUUAGAGGGGGCUCCCACCACCACCACCACGGACCACAGUACUCUUCCCACGACCACCGGCGACCACCACAACCCAACCUCAGAGCUCCCCCACCUCCGGCGACCGCCCCCACCACCGAUUUCUGAGAACUCCACCAUUGUUACACCCACAGCGAAGAUGAUGUCGUCGGAUUCUGUUCCAUCGGCAAUGCCUCCAAACAACGAGUGUGUAGAAGAAGAAGAGGUAUGGAGUGAAGACCGUGAAGACGAACAAGAGGUAUGGAGUAGAGACCGUGAAGACGACCAAGAGGUAUGGAGUAGUCCUUCAAUCAAAAAGUGUGGUGAAAUAGAUACAAGCGGAGCUACGAAGGAGGCAACAGAAAAUUGUGAAGAUGGAGUUGAAGAACCGAAAGAGGGAAUGACCUUUGACACAUCAGAGGAAGCUUAUUCAUACUACUCAAGAUAUGCUAAAGAAAAAGGGUUUGUUGUGGCAAAAAGAACAUCGAGAAAGGGAAAAGAUGGACAGUUGAAGGAUGUAACUCUAGCUUGUAGUCGUGCUGGAAAGGCAAGAGUGACAUCAAGCAACCCGGUCAAACCACGGCCACAAUCAAAAAUUGAUUGUCAAUCUCAUAUUACCGUUGUGUUGCAGCCGAAUGAAAAGUGGAGGUUAAACCGGGUUGCUUUAGUUCACAAUCAUGACCAGAGUCCGGGAAAGGCAAGGUAUUUGAGGAGCAAUAGGGUACUCGAUGAACAAGUGAAAAGAAAACUUGAAUUGAAUGAUAAAGUUGAGAUCAAUCUUAACCAGACUUAUACCUCACUUCAGAUUGAAGCUGGGGGACCUGGUAAGCUUCCAUAUAUCCAGAAAGAUUGCCGAAAUCAUGUGGAUAAAGUGCGUCGUUCAUUACUUGUGGAAGGAGAUGCUCAGGCGAUGCAUAAUUAUUUCAUGAAGAUGAAAGCCGACAAUUCUGACUUUUUUUUUGCAAUGGACUUGGAUGAUGAGGGUCGACUAAGGAAUGUAUUUUGGGCGGAUGUAAGGAGUAGGGCAGCUUGUAAGGAGUUCGGUGAUGUUGUGACAUUUGACAUAACUUACUUGGUAAACAGGCAUGACAUGCCUUUUGCUCCGUUUGUAGGCGUGAAUCAUCAUGGCCAGUCUGUUUUAUUGGGAUGCGGGCUCAUCUUUCACGAAGAUACAGAGUCAUUUUCGUAGUUAUUUCAGACUUGGAAGACAUGUAUGUGGGGUUGUGCUCCGAAAGUAAUUAUUACUGACUAAUGUAUGGCCAUGAAGAAUGCUAUAGAAGAUAUAUUCCCAAACACCCGACAUCGGUGGUGCAUAUGGCAUAUUAUGAAAAAGAUUCCAGAAAAGUUGAAUGGGUGCAACGCGUAUGAGAAUAUUAGUUGGUGUAUGCGUAGGGCAGUUUAUGCUUCAUUGACCAUAAAACAAUUUGAGGAUGCUUGGGAUAUGUUCAUCAAGAAGUACGAACUUCAAAGUAACACAUGGUUAGAGGGGUUGUAUUUGGAAAGGAAACGGUGGGUGCCUGCUUAUUUGAACGAUGUGUUUUGGGCGGGGAUGUCAUCCAUACAAAGAAGCGAGAAUAUAAAUGCGUAUUUUGAUGGUUACGUUCAUUCAAAGACGACCCUGAAACAAUUUGUAGGACAAUAUGAAAAUGCAUUGGAGAAUAAGGUAGAAAGUGAAAAUCAAGCAGAUGUGAAAAGUUGGAACACUUUCAUCCCGUUAAUGACUGAAGAUGAGUUGGAAAAACAAUUUCAAAGUGUUUAUACGCAUGCAAAGGUUAAGGAGUUUCAGAAACAAUUUUUUGAUAAAAUUCAUUAUAUUUGUGAUAAGUCGGCAAAAGUUGAUGGUAUCGUGUCUGAACAUGAGAUAAAUGAGUGGGUUACAUAUGGCGAAGGAGAAGAGAAAAAGAGGAUUCAAGUGGCAUUUACUGUUGAUUUCAAUGCUGAAACCAAUGAAACACAUUGUAAUUGUCGAUUGUUCGAGUCUAGAGGAAUGGUAUGUAAACAUCAACUAUUUGUGUGGCAUCAAAAGGGAAUUAAAAGAGUGCCUGACAAGUAUGUGUUGAGAAGAUGGUGUAAAAAUGUGAAAAUGGUCCACACAAAAGUUUGAAUCUGUUACGAUAAGUUGUCAACGUCAAUUGAAGCACGUCGGCAUGACAACAUGUGCAAUAUCUUUAAUGAAGUUGCUGAUUUAGCGGAAGAAUCUCAAGAAAAGUAUGAUAUGGUGAUGAAACGGGUACACGAGCUAAAACGAGAGUUGAUGGAAGCUUCGGUUGUUUGUGAAAGUAAUAUGGUUUCACUUGGUGAUGACACUGGUACUCGUAAAAGUUCUUUUUCACUUGGAGAUGGAGUUAUACCUCCUAAACAGAGCACGAACAUACUUGACUCGGAAGGUCUUCGACGAAAAGGGAGACCGCCGUGCAAAAGAAAGAUCGGUGCUGUGGAAAAAGCUGUUAAGAAGAAAAGACAAACAUCCAAGAAGGCAUUAUCCAAUGAAAAAUCCAAGGUAUAAGUUUCUUACGAUUUGUUGCUUACUAGUUAAUAUGGACAUAUAGAUUUGUUCGAUGAAUGUGUAAUAGUUAUAUCAUUUGCUAAUUUCAUGAGGUUGAAGAGCUUGCGGUUAGCCACCAUAUCGGGACACAAGAGAGUAUUGUAAAUGUAAAUGGCCACCCAAGCUACAUGGGACACUCAAUGUAGCCAAACAUGAUGCCACAUCCUAUGCGACCAAAUAUGACACAAGGCGGAAGCAUCUUUCCAUUUUCCCCAACUUUAUGCCCCACCGGAACAAGCUUGAACCAAAGCUUAUUAAAUGGUCAAGUUUGGAUGGGUCAAUUAACUAUUGUGGGUAGUCAAGGUUGGGGAGGAGGACAAUCAGGUAUUUUGGAAGCUCAAGGUCAAUAUUGGGGAGGACCACAACAAAGUAUGCUGGAAAGUCAAUGGCAAGGAUGCGAAGGACAACAAAGUUAUACGCAAAUGAUGAAUGCAUCGGAUAAUGUCGAAGAGUAGUUCACUUGCUUGUAUUGUUUUAUAUCGUAUCCAUAUCGUGUCCUGUGUCCCUUUUUGUGUCCUUGAAAGCUGUCCAUAUCGUGUCAUGUGUCCAGUGUCCCCUUUUGUAUCCUUGAAAGACCUGAUUGUUUGUUGAUCUUGUAAUGACCUUUUAUAAGGUAGAUGGUUUGGAAAAUUCUGUUUGAAGUUGACAUCUUUA